CCCAGCUGGCAGGUGGCUUGUCAGUCACCUCGCCCUGUGACUCACUUCUGUUUGCUCACCUGUGCCCUUUUCUCUCUUGUUCAGGACACAGAAGUUUUGAACACCGCCAUUCUCACAGGAAAGCCCGUCUCGGUUCCUGUCAAGGUCGUGGGGGUUCAGGAAGACGGAUCUGUGGUGGACGUUUUGGACUCUGUGGAAUGCAGGUCGGCGGAUGAAGAUGUCGUGAAGGUCUCCAACACCUGUGAUUCGAUCUUUGUGAACGGGAAGGAGAUGAAGAGCAAAGUGGGCACGAUCGUGAACUUCACGCACCAGCACUUCACUUCCCAGGUGGAGAUCACCGUCUGGGUGCCCCGGCUGCCGCUGCAGAUCGAGGUCUCAGACACAGAGCUGAGCCAGGUCAAAGGCUGGAGAAUCCCGGUGGCUUCCAACAGGAGGCCCACACGAGAGAGCGAUGACGAGGAGGAUGAGGAGAAGAAAGGGCGUGGGUGUACCCUGCAGUACCAACAUGCCUUGGUGCGCGUCCUCACCCAGUUUGUGACCGAGUCACCUGACCUGGGUCAGCUGACCUACAUGCUGGGUCCUGACUGGCAGUUUGACAUCACUGACCUCGUAACCCAGUUUGUGAAGGUGGAGGAACCAAAGAUCGCCCAGUUACAGGAUGGCAGGAUCCUGGCAGGGCGGGAGCCAGGCAUCACCACUGUGCAGGUCCUCUCGCCUCUCUCUGACUCCAUCCUGGCUGAGAAGACAGUAAUUGUCCUGGAUGACCGAGUCACCAUCACGGAGCUGGGUGUACAGCUGGUGGCUGGCCUGUCCCUUUCUCUGCAGCCUCACAAGGCAGACAAGAAGGCCAUUGUCUCCACAGUGGCUGCCCAGGAUGUUCUGCAAGCCCCGCAGCAGGAAGCCAUAGUCAGUUCCUGGAUCUUGUUCAGUGAUGGCUCAGUGACACCUUUAGACAUUUAUGAUCCCAAGGAUUUCUCAUUGACCGUUUCCUCAUUGGAUGAAAUGGUGGUGUCUGUCCAGCCAAACCUUCAGACCAAAUGGCCAGUUGUGGUUGCCGAGGGUGAAGGACAAGGGCCCCUGAUUAAGCUAGAGCUGUCGAUCAGCGAGGCUUGUCAGAAGAACAAGAGGAAGAGUACUCUUGCUGUGGGCAAAGGAAAUGUCAAGGUCCGGUUUGACCCUGGGAUGCAUGAGCAGCGAGGAGGCGGCAAUGACAUUGGGGGAGUAAACCGGGAAUACAAAGGCCACCUCAGCAAUUCCAUAGAGCGUGAAGGAAGCCAGGAGCGAGCGGCCCAGGAGUGGUUCCAACAUGGUGCAUCAGUUGGCCGUGAGGACAGGACCAACAAAAGUACAACCCCACAGUCUCCCAUGGGAGGAAAACUACUUAAAGGUGGAGCAGAUGCCUUCACAAGCUUCCCCACUCAAGGGAAGUCACCAGACUCCAAUAACCCCGGUGACCUCACGAUGACCUCUAGGGGUUUAACAGAUUUGGAGAUUGGCAUGUACGCCCUACUCUGUGUCUUCUGUCUGGCCAUCUUGGUCUUCCUGAUCAACUGCGUGGCAUUUGCCUGGAAGUAUAGACACAAAAGAUUCGCAGUGAGUGAGCAAGGCAAUAUCCCCCAUUCCCACGACUGGGUCUGGCUCGGGAAUGAGGUAGAACUCCUGGAGAACCCCGUGGACAUCACUCUCCCCUCGGAGGAGUGCACAACCAUGAUUGACAGGGGUCUGCAGUUUGAGGAGAGGAACUUCCUGCUGAAUGGCAGUUCCCAGAAGACUUUUCAUAGUCAGCUGCUUAGACCCCCUGACUAUGUGUAUGAAAAAGAGCUAAAAAAUGAACCUAUGAGUUCCGGCCCAAAGAGGAAGAGAGUCAAGUUUACUUCCUACACCACCAUCCUCCCCGAGGAUGGCGGCCCGUACACCAACUCCAUCCUGUUUGACAGUGAUGACAGCAUCAAGUGGGUCUGCCAGGAUAUGGGGCUGGGGGACUCUCAGGACUUCAGAGACUAUAUGGAAAGACUACAGGACCAGAUGUAAAGUCCUUUCUUAAGUUCGUAUUCACCUUUAUGCCUUCUGUUUUCUGAAUGGUGGAACAGUGGGUUUGAUCAGCAAUAGGGGGUGACUCAACAAAGUGUCAGAGUUGGGAGUCUGGAGGGAUCCUUCUAAGUGGGUAUCAGCAGUCCGGAGAGCUUGGAAUCAAGCUGGGCGAUGCCUAAAAAAAAACCAGUGGCUCCUGGGGACAGGAGACAUUCAGAGGCAGCAGCCUAGAGGCAGACAGGACCCCACAGACACUGUUAGUUACCUCACCACGACCAAUGGCCGUGUGUAAUUAGGAACGUCCAGGAUGGUGAUUUUUCUAUUCCUAGCCCUUUUAAAGCACAGUGGACACUCAUUGCACGUGGCCUGAGUUCGGAUCUCCGUGGUGGAAGAUGACUGAAUGUAGCUUCCUUAGCUGUCAAGGAGUGAGGCUCAUUGUUUUUAUAUACAUCUGGACUCGUACCUGUUCUUUUGACCUUACAUUUUUUGAGGGGGAGGGGUUGUUUUGGAAACACAUAAAGAAGAGUUAUGUUUGAUGUUCCUAUGAGUUUUAUUCCUUGGGCCUCAUCAUGUCCUGCCAUUUCUGGUUCUCCACAUAGGAUGUCUUUAUUUUAAUUUUAAUUUUGCUGCUGGGGACAGUGUUUAAGAAACAUAUACUCAUGCUUUGUCUUCUCCUUCUUGUUGUUGGACUUUCUCAUCUAUCUCAACAACAGGAGUCUCACUGGAGACCCAGAAGAGAGGGCUUUUUUAAAACAACAACAACAACAACAAAAACAUUUUACACGUGAAGUUUAACAAAUAUGGAGAAAAGUUGUGUCACAAAUAUCUGUUUCAAUGUCUGCUUGUUAGUUAUUUGUGGAUCUCCUGGGUUAAUUCUGAGGGCAGAGAGACUCCAGGAUCACAGUGUGGAUGUAAGUCCUCUGAGUGCAACACAAUGUAUUAUUCAAACUAACAUGAAAAGGAUUGAGGGACUGGUGAGAUGGCUCAGUGGUUGAAAGCACUAACUGCUCUCGUAGAGGACCUGGAGUUCAGAUUACAGCAUCCACAUGGUGGCUCACAAUCUUCUGUAACUCCAGCUCAGUGGGAUCUCAUGCCCUCUUUUGGCCUCUGUGGGUACUACACUCAUGUGCGUAUACAUACACAUACUAAGAAAAAAAAAGAUAACCAAAUGUUUAAAAAAGUCAUGAUUGAUCUGCAUGACAAAGAAAUAAAGAAACACCUUCAUAUUAAACUCUCCACUUUGCAGAUUAAAAAAAUGUUUCAAUUUAGCAAUAUAUAGAAGUAAUCUAUCCAGUGACUGAAAAGAAAAACCUCAGCUGUCACUUGGCAGAGGAGAAACUAUCUCAGGCAUCUUUUGGUAGAGAAAGCAAUGAUUUUCCCAAAUUCAUAAUAAUAAAUGACCGUCCCUGAUCCCAACAAUAAGCUGUUACAAAAAACAAUGGUAUUAAAUUUUUUUUGCAUAAUUUUCAAUAAAAGUGCUAAUUUACAAGCAUCAUGAAUAUUCUCAAGAAAGGCAGUGAUUUUGGCUUAGCAAGAUAUGACUUUUUAAAAAUUAUGAUGUCGUAACUAGAAAAGCAAACACUUGACUAGGACGCCUCAUUGUGAACUCACUGAGCCCUCAAAAAUGGGAUUUUUAAAGGCUCAGGGUGUGGGGGUGGUGUCACUGAUGUCUAAUGGCUGCUAUCUGAAUCUUUCAGAGGAGGCUUUUCUCAUUCCUCUGCUCUCAUUUUGUAUGUGUCCAGGAUGGAAACAUGACAGCCAACCCUCCUGUAGAUUACAGGGCAGCUGAGAUGCUCUCCCUGCCUCUCCCGUCCGUGGCACUGCAAUGUGUUUACAAACAGGCUGGGAAUGCAGGCCCUAUGUGGUGCCCUCCAGAAGUAGGCUCACUUGCUUCUUUGUUUAGAAUGGCCCCUAAGAACAGAAGCUAUUGGGAUCCAUUGCAUUUGACUAGAGGAUGAAGCCAGGAGAUGCAGGCAUUGCAUGAGCUUGGCUGACACCUCCUCCUGCUGAGAGCUCUCUAGUUAGCUAGCUGCUUCUGGAAAGGCUGAAGUGGGGAAGGUAGCCCAAACCACCUGUGCAGGCCAGCAGAGUUCUAGAUAAGUCUGGCUCCUUUUAUAAGGCAUUUGAAGCCCUGUCUCAUAUCACAGAAAUAAUGGGAACUCAUUUCUGAAAGUGAGGCGCCUCACUGGAAACAAGGGCACACAAAGCAGGCUUCCUUCUCUUGGUUAGGUGGGGCCUUUGGCUUGCCUGUAACUUAGCAGGAAGUAGGCGUUUGCUGUGAUUGGCAGGCUCAAAGUAGGAUGGGGAGCUGACCGUGGUCCUGAAAGAUGCCUCCCUGGAUCUGUUAGACACAGUGAAAUGGCCUCUGCACAUUUCACUGAGUUUUUGCAUUAGGGCACUGUCAAUUCAGAUCAAAGUCAAGUGGCAGGUUAUGAGGGAAAUGGGAUCCUUUUAACACAUGACACAUAGUUGCAUGUAUACAGACACACAUACACACAUGUAUCCACAUUGCUGUGUGCGGGUACCAAGGAGUCACAGACUCAGUCAUUUGAUGGGAAUCAAAAGAGGCUGCCAGUCAUUCUCAGAUCCAGCUGGAACAGGCCUCAGCAUCACAGAGUCAUGGAAGCAUCUUGUGCUCUAAGUAUCUCCUGCAGGUCAUAAGCUGUGGCUAUCUCACUUGAUUUCCCACCGAUUCAGCUAUGAUGUUUGUGCUAGCCUCUAAAAUACCUGAACUAGAAUUGGGGAGAUGGCAUAAACCAUCAAGCCUUAAAUCCAAUUUCCCAGGGCCCUGCAUUUGCUGGAUUUCAGUUCUCAUGGCUGAGAUAUCCAAAUUAUAACUCUUGAUAAAUAAUCUGAGCCAGACACUCAUUAUCAAGUUCACCCUUUUGCCACAAGAAUGGUGUUUGUGAUUAGAUUCCUCCUGGGGAAGUCAGGAGAGAGUAACAGGCUGUGAGCUCCUUUACCACACAGAGGGAGGUUGAGACAAGAGAUAGACAAAGGUUGUGUGACCUGGGAUAUUUAGAGACAAUGCAGUCAUUGUCUCUAGGAUUUGCAUGUGGUACUUUUGGGGUCAGGGUACAGGACUCAUUAGGCAGGUGCCAUCCCAAAGGACUGGAGCUAAAUGAAAGGUGUGCUGGAUUUGAGAGACUUAUAUUCAGUGCCAGCUUUGGCCAGAAGAGCAGCCUGUAACUAGCGUCAGAAAACUGUCUGGCACACUGGCCAGGGUACAUUCCCAGCACAGCAAUUCUUAGCUGUCUAGGCAGAAAGUUUCCAUUCGCAGAUAUGCAGACAGGCAAGACAUGCAUGGAUUUUAUUUUACUCCCUUGGCCAUACCUAUUGACUGAAGUAACUUGUACCUCACUCAUUUAAGCUUUAGGGUGCCAUCUUUGGGGGUUCUAAUCAACAUUUUGUUGUUGUUGUUUCACUCUUUGUGGGGCUGAAGAGAGAGCUCAGUCAGUAAAGUUUGCUGCAUAAGCCCGAAGACUGGAAUUCGAUCUUCAGCACCCACAUAAAAAUCCAGGCAUGGUGGUGUACACUUAUAAUCUCAGCAUGGAAGAUGGAAACAGGCAGGCACCCAAGACUUCUGCUCCAGCCAGCCUUGCUGAAUUGGCAAGUUCCAGGUCCCAGUCAGAGACCUGGUCUCAAAAUGAAGGUAAAUGGUGCCUGAGGAAAUCACCUGAGGUUGAUACACACACACACACACACACACACACACACACACACACACACACACAGAGAGAGAGAGAGAGAGAGAGAGAGAGAGAAUUAAAAAGAAUGGGGUUCUCAAUGAGUGAAGCUAUAUCCAUUAGUGAGGAGUCCUCCUGUCCCCAGCAGUGAGCACAGGCAGUGUUUCUGAAUCCUAUCUUCAACCCAUUGGGUUUUCUACUCUGGUCAUCUAAAGAGGGUCACAUUUUUCCCUUCAGGUCUCUGUAAAUGACACCACAGAUGGUUUGUAAACUGUACUUUUCUUUUCCAUCAAAACCGUGUUUGUACAAUGUGAUGUGUCUCACCUGUCACAUAAAGGAGGAUGGUGGGACAAAGUUUUGUUGAAAUACAGACAGCAGAUAUUUUUGUAUGUAAUAUAGGCAAUAUAACGAAACUGUGAACAGUGUAUUGGAAUAAAUACAUUUACAAAUAAAAGCAUGUGAAACUGUAGCUUUUAAGUGUACAGACAUCCAGUUCAACAGUAUUUAAAUGGAUGAUGGGCAAAGCACUGGGGCCUGACAUUGAAAAAGACACCAAGUUAGGAAUUCUGACCUGGAAAGGACAUUGUGGCUCAUGCUGGGAUUGUUGAUGGAAUCUUCCAGAACAUUUUGAUCUUACUCUUCAUUACUUUCUGAAUUUUCCCUCCCCCACCCAACAUUGGAAAUAUUUCGGAAAUAAAAUGACUUCAUUUUUCAGCAUAAAGGUAUAUUCUAACCACAGGGUAACUCAUCAUUUUUAACAUGGAAAUAAACAUUU